AUGGAAAGGAGCACGUGGCACGUUCAUGGGAAUUAAUUACAUACAACUAGCUGUACCUAUGGUUAUGUGGGAGAUUCUCAAAAGCUUCAUCCCCCCAUGCUGAUUGCUAACAAAGCAAAGGAACCGCAUCUGUGAACACUACCCACCAACUCACCACCUUACACGUGGCAUAUUCAGCGGAUGCCUUUAUACUAUAUAUACGGGGACGUUUAACAUUAAGCCUCUCUCACAGCAGGAAAAAAGAAGAAGCAGAUUUUUCAGAGAGUUCUUCAAGUGUUUGUGAUAAUUAACCCAACUCAAUUGAAAAGGUUUGUUUUCUGAAGAAAAACAAGUGAAAAUGGCAGAUGAGGGAACUGCUACUUGCAUAGAUAUCCUCUUGGCCAUCAUCUUGCCUCCUCUUGGGGUCUUCCUUAAGUAUGGUUGCAAGGCUGAGUUUUGGAUUUGUUUGGUCCUGACCCUUCUUGGGUACAUUCCUGGGAUUAUCUAUGCAGUUUAUGCCAUUACCAAGUGAUGAUCUUCAUCAUCUUCAGUGGAUAGCUAUAACCAUUUGAUUUGAUGGAGAGUUCUGUUUAACUUGGUGUAAUCGUGUGGAUCCUUCUUGUGUGUGUGUGUCUCUGAUCUUUUUAGACAGAAUUUUUCCUUUUUUUAAUUUUAUCUAUUAAUUUGAUGUAAAAAGGGCCAUCGCCAUUGGAUUUAGUCGCUUUGUGUGUAGGACAAUGGCUUGUCAACUAUCAUGUCACUGUUAGUGUCUUUUUCAACUUCAAAUUUAUUUUAAAUGUGAUUUGUAUUAUAAUAAUAAUAAUUAUUGGUAUUGGUA